AUUUCUUGUUGAAGUCGAUGGAGUGUCGUACGAUACACAUGACGAAGGACUGCACCACGACCGGCGAAGUUGAGCCCCAUACGCCCAACAACAUGGGAUACAAGAUGAGUGAUCAGGCCAUCGCAUCGGUUGGUGAUUUGCUGGAGAAGGAUAAGCACGACUCGAGUCUCCAGCGGUACAAGGCGAAUCUGCUUGGCACCGCGGCCCAAGGGGACUUGGGUGACAUACACGAGUGUCGGCGUGUUGUUGUCAAGCAGUUCAAGGUAGUAUUUGAAGACAACAGGCACGAUAUCACGUAUGAUCUGGACUCGGAGGAAGGCAUUCAACACCUCCGUGACACGCCAUUCGUCAUGGAAGAAGGGGCGAAGUACAAAUUUGCCGUGUUUUUCAGAGUGAACCGAGAGAUUGUGAGUGGGUUGCGCUUCCGCAACAAGGUCCGGAGACACGUCUUCUCGGUGAGCGAGGAAGUGGUGCUCGGUUCGUACGCCCCUCAGUCAACCACGCAUGAGUUCUUGUUUCCGCGACACGAAUGGGCAGAAGCACCGUCCGGCCUCAUGUACCGUGGGACCUACCAGGCCGAAUGCAAGUUCAUCGACUCGGACAACGUUGAACACCUUCGGUUCCCAUAUUCAUUUGUUAUCAAAAAGGCGUGAACUUGGGAACACAGAUAAUAUUAUCCUGUUU